AUUUGGGUCACGUGACCAGUAGAGGCGGCGACAAUUCUACUGCUUUAUAGAAAAUGUACCGAAAUCAUUUGCAAUUGAAAGAACAGAGUUAAAGUGGUGCAAGGGAGCUAAUAAUAAAGACCGUUUUAUCGUUCGGAAUAUCACUUUCACCUUCCAUGAUAAUUUCGUGGAUUCACCUUGUGUAACACGGCCUAGUGUUGAUCUACCGACAACACAGUGUUAAGAAAAAUGCGAUAGAUCGUACAACGAAGAACCAAAAUGUUUUCUCUCAGGACUACGUUAUUUACAAUAUUUUAUCUACACACAAUCGCAGUAAAUGCAAUUUUUGAUGUCGACUCGAACAGUUUAGAAGAAAUAAUUACGUGCGCCAGUGCAACCGGCACCAUUGCGCACGUAACGGACAAUGCGGACCCCGACUUUGAAGAGAAUUCCACCGAGCGUACCAUAAGAUGUAAAACAAACCAUUGUUACUCAUUUUGGAAGGAAGACGCCAAUGGAACCGUCAGCAUUAUGGGACAAGGUUGCUGGGAGACCUCUGGAAAAGCACAAGACUGUGAUCGAAGCCAAUGUAUCUCUGACAAAAAACCUCCAAAAGCGAUGAAUACGACUAAGUUCUGUUGCUGUGCAGGGGACAUGUGCAACAGAAACUUUACAGACGUCUACAUACCACAAGAAGAAACUUCGUCGCCUCCUACAAUUGUAACGGAAGGUGCGCCUAAAGUCAAUAUGAGCCCUUUGUUGUGGACAGCCUUUGGGAUUUCCUUUGUAUUAUUAAUGGUAGGCGUAGGAGCCCUGAUGUGCUUCUGCUGGCGAAUGAAGCCAAACAAGCACAACGUAGAAACCGGUCAAGUACCUCUUCCUCCACCCGAAGAGUAUAGCAUCGACAAACUGAAACUAUGCAGCAUGAUUGGUCACGGUCGAUACGGAAGCGUAUGGCGCGGACUAGUCGACGAUCAACAAGUUGCCGUCAAAGUAUUUCCGCCCCAUCAUCGCAAUUACUUCUUAAACGAACACGAGCUUUAUAAAAUUUCUGGUGAAAGUUCAAGCGUACUAAAAUGUUUCGGAGGAGGAGAACGUGCGCAAAGUCCCAACGGGCUAUCGGAUUACAUACUCAUUUUUAACCUCGAACAAGAAUGCCUGCAAGAGUAUUUAAAAAAUCACACCAUCAACUUAACCGUAUUAUGCCGGAUGAGUUUGGGUAUUGCCAAGGGAUUGGCUCAUCUGCAUUCCGAUUUGGGAAAACCGUGCAUCGCACACCGUGAUAUUAAUACAAGGAAUGUGCUGGUGCGGGCGGAUCUUUCCUGUUGUAUAUGCGACCUGGGGUUGGCGGUGGUACCCCGACGGACGGAGAAUCAUUCUCUAAGUGAAGCAGGUACUUUGAGAUAUAUGGCUCCAGAGGUACUAGAAGGUGCAGUAAAUCUUCGCGACUGUGAAAGCGCAUUGAAACAAAUUGACGUUUACUCGUUGGGACUAGUACUAUGGGAACUUGGUACACGAUGCAUCGAUAUGCAAGCGUGCGAACCUCAGCCUUACGCGCCGCCUUUCUACAAGGAAGUCGGGGAGAAUCCCAGUUUAGAGCAGAUGCAGGCCCUUGUCAGUCGACGAAAAGCGCGCCCCCUUUGGCCUCCAUCGUGGAGAGAUACCGUAGCCGCGCGUUUGCUAUGUGAAACCGCCGAAGAUUGUUGGGAUCAGGACGCCGAAGCUCGUCUAACAUCACUGUGUGUCGAAGAAAGGCUCUUGGAGUUACCGACACUUCGAGGUCGAGUCCUACAUCCAAUGCAUCCUCCAGCAAGUCCCACCCCCCUAAUCAACAAUAAUCACUUACACGAUCACACAAUAGAUUCUUCAGUAGGUACAAUAGAAACACUACUGUCACCUAGCGAAGAAAAUUGUAAAAAUUCAAACCAGUUGGCAGUAUGCGUAACGCCCCUCCAACCGUAUCAAGGCCGAAAUCCUUGCCUGGAGCGAAAUCUACUUUCGGGGUCGAGCGACUGCCUGCUCAUAGAUAAGUCCUCCAAACAUUGUACAAGUUCCGACUCCCAAAAUUUAAUUACAAACGAUUUUCUAAACUUUCAACUGAAUCACCGCGCUGUGCCUAUUCCAUAUGUUCAAAAUGCCGUACACGGUAGUCCGAAGCGGUAUAAUGGAAACGUAAUUGUACCUCCGAAAACGAAAUUUAAGUGGUUAGAUUUUAAAAAAUUGUUCCAUAGUAAAAAAGAUCAGGCCAAUUCUGCCGAUUUAGCUUCACGUAAAGAAACCAAAGUACAAAUUAUACCCGGUAAACUGGUAAAUAGUUUCGGACAGAAUGGUGUGACGACAACGCUCAUUAAUGAAAAUGAGACAAAACGACCUAGCACAUUACCAUUGUCCGUCGUACAAGUAGACCAGCACGAGAAUGGGGUGUGCAACACGUCUGGCGUUACCCAUCUUUUAAAAUGCAAAGAUAGCCUUUCUAGGCAACGUUCUCUAGAGCAGUUUAACGAAGUUUUUUCGUCUGUGACGGAUCUGACAAAGUUAAAGGAUCCGUCUGUGCGGGUAAAAACGCCGGGUGAUGUUCCCCCUUCGGUUAGACGAACGAGAGGGAAAGCCGCGAAUAAUUCGGCACGUUUCUCUUUAUACGACGAUCGAAUCAUGAGCAUGGGGCAGUGGGGUAGUGCGCCCGAUCUGGACCCCGCCCCAACUCACGUGGCGAUACCUCAGCAAGACUCUCAGGAUAGAGAGAGCAUCAGUAGUUUUUAAACAGUUUUGCACAUGCGCGAAAUUGUAGAGCAAAGUGGCUAAAUAUUUAUAUCAUGAGAUUUCUCCCAAGGAGGAAUGAAGAAGUGGAAGUAAUGCCAUGUUGAGAGUAGGUAGUGAUCUUCAUAAUUGAAAUUUAUGACAAUAGAAACCUUACAUCACAUUCAUUUCGAGAAGGUCCAACAUGAUUUUGCAAAAUCACCUGUCAAUAGUAGAUAUGCUAUUUUUUUUAAAUAUAACCUGGACAAAAAGAUCAAUUUGGUUGAUUUUUUAAUUUGCAAAUUAGACUUUGUAUCAGAACAUCUCGGUUAAAUUGGGGCAAGUUUACUAAAUAUAAAUCCGAAUCUGAAAGUUAAAGCAGGCUUUGCAUCAACUCUGGUAGAUUUAAAAACAGUCGACUAAAACUCAGUACAGUAAAGUCUCAUUGUAUGAGUUAAUUGGGACUGGAUGUACCUUGGAUUUCGAAAAACUCAGAUUACACGGUGAGCAUCUCUGGGCUUCCAUAAAAGUUUAUUCAACAAUUCCACAGUUAUAUUGCACUCAUCUUGCAAGUUCUUUACAAUAUUGGUAACUUCCUUUUUUCCUCAAUCCAUUUCUAAUGGUCUAGAGGAAUUGAAUAGGAACAUAUUUACAAUUACAGAAACUUAAUUGCAACCAGGCUUCUUGCAGUUUAGGGUCUGAAGUAGAUUUUUUCGGGGUUGCAGUUUUUCACAAGAGUUAUUUAAAUAGUGAUCUCAUCUUUGCGCAGGAUUCUGUUUGAUUGUGUUCCGUGGGCGAGUAGUUCUUUAAUACGGUCCUGAUUUUGUAAAUUUUUCUUUUUUUAAUGUGAAUAUUGUGACCUGCUUUCAUUUAUUUUUAUAUUCCAUCUUGUAAGCCAUUCCUAUAUUUCAAAAAGAUGGUCCUGAAGGUUUGCAGACGCUGUCAAACGUGCCAGGUAUGUGGAAUCUGAUGUGUAUAACACAGGGGUCGGCAACCUAUUGAAACGGAAGAGCCAAAAAUUACAAUUUACAAAAUUUCCCAGUUUUUAAAGAACCACAAAAAAUUUUUGAUUGAAUGUUAUGGUAUUUAGCUAUAUACAGGGUCCUGCAACAGCGCGUUGGUUUUUCGUACAUAGCUGAUACCUGGUAAACAAUACUGGUGGUUGCAAAUCUACAGAAAUUAUUUUUGAAUGUACAGGGUGUCCCAUUUUUACGAUGUCAAUAAAUAACUGAUCUUUUUAAAUGGAACAUCCUGCAUAUUUUUACUUGUUUCAAUGCCAUUUGUUCAAAG